AUGCCAUUUCAACAGCAUUUUGAGAAGGGAAUCUGGAUUCGAUACGACCUCAAGGACAGUGAGGGUCCGCGUUAUCAGCUCCAAUUUUCAAGACACAACGUGUCCGACUGGAAGAACCCCUAUCCAGAUGGAGAGUGGGCUGUACGUAUCGAUGACCAGGCCCUCAUACCUGCAAGCUUGAUGGACGCGGACGAACUCCGAUACCAGAAAUGGUUCAGACAGCGGUAUCCAGGAAUGAGAGACGUUGUUGAUAACAAGGACUACCUGAGCAAAGAAUUUCUCAGCGAUCCUGAUCGUCUCAAAGUGCCCGCCGACUGGCUUUUCCAUCAGGCUCACUGCAUCUUGGCUCUCAGAAGAUACUGGAAGGCGAAGGAGAGCGGCCACCAUGUCUGCCCGCGGGACAUUGAUCACAAACACAUUCAUCAUUGUCUAGAUUCUCUCGAUGAAUGGUUCUUCAUUGACGGGGAUAUGAGGAAGCCGCCUCCAAAGCCUAUAGAUUACGAGGCGGAAUGGUCUUUGGUAUGGAAAACCAAAGUUUGCUGGUAG